AUGGAUAAAUAUACUCUGGAAAUUAAAAAUUAUUUCAUGUUGGGAGAAUUUGUCUUUCUUGGGCUUUCUUCCCACCCACAGCUCCAUUUUCUUUGUGCUAGUUUCGUGGAUGUACUGAUGAUCCUGCUGGGAAAUGGAAUCCUUAUCUCAGUUACCAUCUCUGAUUUUCAUUUGCACACUCCCAUGUACUUGUUCCUCUCUAACCUUUCUUUCUUGGACAUUUGCUAGACAAGUUCCUCUGUUCCACUAAUUCUUGACAACUUUCUGAGUAAGGAAAGGAUUUCUUUCUCUGGGUGCAUGGUACAAAUGUUUCUCUCCUUUGCUAUGGGGGCCACAGAGUGUGUACUUCUAGGAAUGAUGGCACUUGACCGCUAAGUAGCUAUUUUCUCUCCACAGAGAUACCCUGUCAUAAUAGCCUAUGUGCCCAUGGCAGGUGGAUCCUGGAUUGCUGCACUUGUUGACUCAGUGGUACAGACAUCUCUCAAUGUAUUACCAUUCUAUGCUAAUAAUGUCAUUAACCAUUUUGUCUGUGAAAUUCUGGCUAUCCUAAAACUGGCCUAUGCUGAUAUAACAAUCAAUGUGAAAAGCAUGGCAGGGUGAAAUCUGAGUGUUCUGGUCAUUCCAUUACUAGUAAUUUCCAUCUCUUACAUUUUUAUUGUUGCUACCGUUCUGAGGAUCCCUUCCACAGAAGGAAAGUGUAAGGCUUUCUCCACCUGCUCAGUUCAUCUGACAGUGGUGACUAUAGUCUAUGGAACCAUCUUCUUCCUGUAUGCCAAGCCAAAGUCAAAAAGCUCUUUUGGCAUAGAUCAUCAAAAUAUCUUUAGAGUCCUCAUCUCCCUCUUUGGAGUGAUGAUCUCAAUGCUCAAUCCUCUCCUCUACAGUUUAAGGAACAAGGAUGUAAAGGCUGCUGUGAAGAACAUGCUGGAUAGGAAAAAUUCUUCUAAAUGGAACGUGAAUAUUGAUUUAUAUUAUACAAACUCAGUACUGAAGCAGCUGCAGUUCAAAAAGAAAAAUCACUGUAUGAAAACUAAUUCACCAAGUAACAUUCUAAACAAUAUGGUAGAAAUAUUUUGA